GACACAGUUUCUAGGUGAGGUAACCUAAAGGCGGAGCGCCCAAGAAGAAGGAGGUGGCGGCGGUGGAGGCGACGCCGAGACAGAAACAGCAGCCAUAGCGUUGGUGGUUGCCGGCUUGCUCCAGCAGGUGGAGCCGUCGUAGCUUCCCUUCGCCGGGCAGGAGGGGGCUGCCGGCGACUAGGACACACAAUCGCAGCCACCGCGUAACCGGAUCCCGCAGAGCCAGCCAGUCGCCGCCGAGGUUCCUCCGGGCGCGCCAUGGCCGGGUAGCGGGGAGCCGGUGGGGGCGGCCAGAAUGCUGCGGGCGCCGGCUCUGGCGAUGCGCUUCGCCAUCCUCUUGCCGUUCCUCGUGGGCCCCUGCUGGCCGGCGCGGGGCAAGGCGCAGCCGGGGGAGCCUCCCAGCCCGCAGGAGGUGGUGAUCAAGGUCCAGGUAUAUGAGAAUGGCGACUUAUCCCCACUGCCGCAGGCAGCCGUGGAAGUGUAUGGCAACCAGACAUCUCUGGCUUCAGGCGCCACUGAUCAUGAAGGUGUCAGCAUGCUCCCCAUCAGCUAUCGCCUGGGCACCUGGGUCAUUGUCACAGCCUCCAAGCGUGGUUUUGUUACGAACUCUGUUCCUUGGCGUGUCAACAAGCUGCCACUCUAUGCCUCUGUCAGCCUCUAUUUGCUCCCAGAGCGCCCUGCAACACUCAUCCUCUAUGAUGACCUGAUACAGAUCCUUCUUGGCUCUCCAGGAGCCAAGAGCCAGCCAUGGGCACAGUUCCAGCGCAAAUCCGCCCGCUUGCCCCGUAGCUCCACCUAUAGCCAGCUCUCAGCCUCUCUGACCGCAGCCAGUAGUGGACCAGACAUGAGGGGCUUCCCAUCUUUCAUCGGGGCUGAAAGCAAUGGCAGUGCCAAUAACACAUGGCUGGAACUGGUGCCUAUUGUUGCCAUCAGCGUUCACCUCUUCACUGGCAAUGGGACAGAAAUCCAGCUCUCGGGCUCCAUCCACCUCUCUAUCCCCCUGCUGCCCGAUACUGCUGCUGCGGCAGCCACCAGUGUACCAGCCUGGCGCUUUGACCUCAAGAGCGGCCUAUGGAUUCGGAAUGGGACUGGUCUCAUCCGCAAGGAGGGAAACCAGCUUUUCUGGACAUUUGUCUCCCCACAGCUGGGCUACUGGGCAGCUGCCAUGCUAUCUCCAACUACAGGGCUGGCGAGUACAGGAGCAGGCAUAAAAGACAUUGCCACCUACCACACCAUUUUCUUGCUCACCAUCCUGGGCGCCCUGGCAUUGCUGGUCCUCAUUCUGCUCUGCCUACUGAUCUAUUACUGCAGGAGACUCUGUCUGAAGCCACGUCAGCAGCACAGAAAGCUCCAGCUGUCUGGAGCACUGGAUGCCUCCAAGAAAGACCAGGCCACAUCAAUGUCCCAGAUCAACCUCAUCUGCACAAGCCACAUGGAGACAGCCUCAUCCAACGGGGACACAGAUGUACACACACCUAUCCUCAAGUCAGCCUUCUCUUCAUCCCGGGAGUUUGAGAGCUCCCGUGAGGAGUUCUUCAAGCAAGUGUCCAGCCAGAAGGCUCGUCAUGCCAGCAAGACCUCCACAGCAGACACACUGAGCCAGAGAGGGGGUCCCAAGGAUGACUGCCCUCGAGUUGCAGAGGGCUACUCCCUUAAGACAGCCCGCUCCAUGGAUGUGCCUGGUGCACUUGAGCCCCCUCUCCUGGAGGACUACAAGCGCAGCUAUUCACAUCAGCGUGUAGAGGACAAGAGCACCGAGACGCAACGCAAGCAAGCGCGCAGUGACAGUAAGGCCUACCUGCAGGAGCCCCCAUCACCACCACCUCUCCCACCCCCCUUUGACCACUAUAUGGGCCAUAAAGGGGACCCAAAACCACCCGAGUUCAUGAUGUCACAGUCUGUGGACCACCUUGCCCGCCCCACCUCACUGAGCCAGCCUGGGCAGUUGAUCUUCUGCGGUUCCAUUGACCACAUGAAGGAUUCCAUGUACCGAAACGUCAUGCCAACGCUUGUCAUCCCGGCCCAUUACAUGCGCCUGGCCCCAUCAGAACAGCCCACGGGGGGCUCCGAGAGCCAACCAGAUAUGGACCCAGCUGGCAUGGGACUCCCUCAUCAGUUUGGGCCUCAGGAGCAGCAGCAGCAGCAGCGGCAGCAAUUCCUCCAACAGCAGAUGCAACACCCACAGUUCCAGCUCCAGCAACACCAAGCAGAAGACACCGAUGGGAAGGGUUGGGGCCCCCACACACAGUCGGUCAGCGGCUCUGUCACCAUCCCAGUGCUGCUGAACGAAUCCACCAUGGCCCAGUUGAAUGGGGAGCUGCAGGCACUGACGGAGAAGAAGCUGUUGGAACUGGGCGUGAAGCCGCACCCCCGUGCCUGGUUUGUGUCGCUGGACGGGCGUUCUUCCCAAGUUCGCCAUUCUUACAUUGAUCUCCAAGGCAACGAGAGGAGUCGGAGCAAUGAUGCCAGUCUGGAUUCGGGUGUGGAUGUCAAUGAAGCCAAGCCACCGAAGCGCCUGAAGGAGGAGCGCCUGGCCCCCACGAUAGGCCCUGCUUACUCCAAGCUGGUCUUUGCCGAAGCUGACACAGAGCAAAGCAGCAGCGAGAGCCGCACCGCCAUUUGCUCUCCUGAGGACAACUCGCUGACGCCCCUGUUGGACGAGAACACCGACCACCGAGCAGCCACCAUCCCCCGACGUGGGCGCAGCCGUGGCAACAGCUCCCGCAGCAGCAACAGCAACAGUGAACUGCGCCGUGACUCCAUGACCAGCCCAGAGGAUGACAGCAAUGAACCCUCCGAAGGGACUGAUGACCAAGGGGACAAGAAGAGCCCCUGGCAGAAACGUGAGGAGCGGCCCCUCAUGGUCUUCAAUGUGAAGUAGCUGUCAGAAGAAGAAUGAGGGUUCACCCCAUUGCACAGUUGGGGGAGGGGAGUAGAGAUCACCAGGACCAUGGAGAUCAGGGUCCCCAUGCGAAUCUGGUGCAACUCCCUCUUCUCUCCAUCUAGUCAAGUGCUUGGCAGAACAGGAACCCCAGAUGUUUUGACAUGAGAGAUAAACAGACAGAGCAUGAUGCAGAGCAUGGCCAAGCUGUCCUCUCUUCUUUUUUCCCAGCAUGCCCUCUGGCCACUCAAGAAGCUUGGCUUGCCCAAGGCAGGUUAAGAAGUGCCGCAGCAAUGGCCUAAGAAAGUUUGGCCUCAUCUUUUUCCACCAAUGCCAACCACUGUGAGCCAGGCAAUGUGGGCUGUGUGUGUGUGAUGAUGGCAAAGGAGGUUCCACUGCUCUGUGACUCUCUCUCGGAUCCCAGGAGGAGGACAUGGCCUUGUUCUGUGUUGUUCCAAUUCCUGUUCCAAGAGUUCCUUACUCCCUACCUAGCUUGGCAUAGCCAGAACUAGCAUUGACCCCUUGCCCUGACAUACUGGGAAUAGAGGUGAAAUGGAAGGCAUUAUUGAGCUUCUUCAUCCCUCUUGUCCUUGGGGGCUUUGUACAGUUCCUUUAAAAAAAAAUCCAGUUCUGUGGAGUUUCCAAACCAUCGCAUGGUUUGGUGGAGGGUGGGGGCAAGUGCCCAAAGCUCUGGGCUGAUGCCCAUUGCUGCCUGUUGUGCCUCAGUGCCCCAACAAUCUGGGUGACAGUAGAGCCCAGCCCAGCCCCAGACGAGUGUGGUGGGUCUGGGGAGUGGGGGCAUUGAUGUGGCCAUUGUACAUAUGUGUGUGCAUGCGUGUAUGUUGGGGGUGGGAGGGAGUCUGAGCCAUGGUGCGUGUGCGUGUCUGCGGGUAGGUGCGUCAGUUGUGACUGACCUCGCUGCCAAAUGAACUCCCUAGCGGAGUCAUCUUUGUGCCCCCCUUCUUUUCCCCCCUUUGUGCCUGCAACUCCAUGGUCUCCUCCAAGUGCCUUCCAGCCCCAACACUUGCCUCCUCCCCACCCAGGCAGCUGUGAAUGAAACCUUGGGUGUCCGUCCAUAGUGGGGUCCUGCAGACAGACCAUCUGCUCCGAUCUUGCUUUCUCUCUAAUCCCUCUUGUCUUCUGCAGGGAGUGCUUGAGGAUUGUGGUUGGAUGAGUGGGGAGUGCAGGAGGAAAAGUCAGUCAGCAUCACUUCCCAGCUUGUAAGCUCAGCUGCCAACUAGCUAAGCCAUCUGCAGUGAGGGUCUGAGCAGCUGCCCCACCCAACAACAUGGCAGCAGCGACCAAUCUCCCAAAUAAAGGGCAAGACCAAACAGGUGUGUGUGUGUACAGAUGGAGAGAGGUGUGUGUGUGUGUGUGUGUCUUUCAUCACUGACUGAGGGGAGUAUACGUCUUACGCUUUAUAUAUUGGAGGAGGGAAUACAAAGGGUGCCUCCUGAGCAGGUCCAAACAAGCCCCAGCAAAGCAUAUAAAGGGGCAGGAUGGUUGGCUGCAAACCUAAAAGCUGAAUAGAACUGUCUUGGCUGGGAGGUUUAUUGAAACCAAUGAGUUGGGCCCAAACCCUUGUGAAAGAGUAGAAGACCGCAGGAUGAGUUAAUAGGUCAGAAAUAAUUCUGGAAGACGGGGAACAUUUUUUUUCCUGCUUCACCUCUGCACCUACUGAAGACAGUAAAUAAAACGUCACAAUGAUAGUUGCAGACACUGUCCUUCUGAAGCCCCUCCCCAUAUCAUCCGGGCUUGCACACUUGGAAGCUGAAAUCCCUGGUGUCAGGUGCAUUUGGGAGAGGGGGAGGUGCUGGGGAACAGACGAUGGGUCAUUCCAUAGUGAGAGAGUGAGGCACUUCACAUAUGCUCAGAAACACUUUGCUUUUCAUUCACCUGUUCCAGGGCUGAGCCUUAGCAAUGAAAACAGGUUCUGGGGCUGAGCCCUAGUCCUUCUCCCACCCUAGCCAGCCUUUCUUGCCCUGGGGCAACUUCUCUUUUUCUUUCCUUUCCUUUCCUAGAUAAUUUCCACUUUUGCCUUCUUCCACAGCAUCUUUGUGAAUCUUUUUUUAUGUUUGUAGGAUUCUCUCUUCCCUCCCACUUGCCAAUUAGCAGCAUUAGAGAUAACCUUGACCUGUGGAACUCCCUGCUCUUUGUUGUGAUUGAUGGCAAAGCUUCUCCAGAGAGGGGACCAGGAGCCAUCAAGAGCUCCUUUGUACAAGAUGGAAGUUUUCUGCAUGGAAGUCUGUGUUGAAAACUGCAGUGUAGUUUGUCACUUGUGUCUCUCUUUCUCAAUCUGUAUAUGCCAUGACUUCCGUGUGGAAAUUUUUUAUCUUUUAUGAAUCAGCGCUCUGCCUUUUCCAACUAGACAUGGAGUUACAUGGGCUUACCAGCCAUUCACCAAGGAAGGCUGUCUGUUUUCACACUCUAGCUAUUGCCCGACAAUAUCUAUGAAUAGUGAAGGAGCAUUCUGGGCUUGUGACUAGCUCAGCCCAGCAGAAGGAAGAAGCAGUACUCCUUACAGGGCUGUAGGUGUUUAAUGCAUGGAGAUAGUCCACUGAGCCAUAACGGAUUCCUCCCACUUUCUAAAACUUAGCCUCAUGGCCAAAGAACUACUUCAAAUGUGCAUUCAUCACAGCAACGAUAUUGCAUGUUUCAGUGUCAGCUGUCAUAGUUUCCAAGGGGACAAGGGGGUUCUGUCUAUUCCAUCUCCUAGAUCAUGCCUGAGCCUGCAGUGCUCUGUACAAACAAACCUGCUUCCAAGGUGGUUGGUUUUAACCUACCGUUGCAUUGAUGAGAGGUAUCUUUUAUGCACACGUGUGGGAAAGUAGCCCUAUACAAAGACAGAGACACACUCUAGUCAAACCCACAGGAAGCUUUUUAAACUUUUUUAUUAUCAUUACAAGGCAGUGACAGAGCCAUCCCCCACAAACAAUCAAAACUCCAGAACCAGAUACCUCUUCUUCCUUCCCUGGCCACUGCACAAUACUGUUUUCUACUUUUUAUAGCGGAAAAAAAAUCUUGCACAUAAAGGAAGAGGGUAAAUGAGGUUGUUCUCUGAUACUGAUGCAUCUUUAACUGUGUGGAAUGCCUUUGCUUUCUCCAGUGACCUCAAAUUCUGUCAAAAAAGUUUUAAGUUUUUUCUUUCUUAUUACAUAUAUAUAUAAAGAUUGAGUGAUCUUGGAGACUCGGUGGCUAUGGCUGGUGAAACCUCAUACUUGUUAUUUAGAAUGGUAUUAAUAUAUAAACCCUCGGAAUUUAUCAAGGUGUCACAUUGCAUAGUGAUUGUUUCCUAGGCAGCAUAUUCUUUCCCGGGCCCCCCUCUAAGCUUGGUUGGGUCUGGAGGGGAGCAGAUUCAUACUAAUCCUAGAGCGGCCUGGUACAGUGUGGGCUUAAUGAUGGGCUUUCAGGACUCCUCUUUUACACUUUAUGGUAGAGCUCCUUACCAGUGACAUGACAAGCAGGAAUUCAGCAGCUGCAUGGCAUGGAGAUAGCACUGGGGAGAACUUCAUCUGUUGAAUUGCUGGAAAUUGUGCAGCAUUAUGGGAGGUAGCACCUUGCUAAGGAUAAAGAAGAUGGCAACCUCACCUGGCUUUGCCAUUCCUUUCCCCUUUUCAAGUUCUCCUUUUAUCCAGUAUACUAAGCAUGGAACUGCUAUGUGGAAAGAGAGUGGCUAUGGUUCAGUGCUGAAAAGUAUAAACGCUUCGGCCUGUGCUAGAGCAAUAACUCUUUCCAAACUGCAGAAUACAAUCUUGGUGAUACACCAUUUUAUAAGAAAAGAAGAAGGUAAAUCUGGAUGGUCCGCUCUCUCUGGACUCCCUGCCAAGCCACUGCCUGAGCUGGGGAGAGGAGAAAGGGUCAUUCACAAUAUGUUGAAAAUUGGUGCAGCCAUUAAGAGGGAAAUGGAAGGUUGGUUUGCCCCAGAGAGAAGAGUCUUAUCAAGGAUCAAAGGACGGGAGGAGCUGCAAGAAGCAAGAUAAGGAAAAGACUGGUCAAGGGCCUAGACUGGGUUACACACUUUCAGUAAAGUAGUGUUUAGUAAGGACAGCUGAGUUUUGCUUGUUGCUUUCAAAUAAACAGUCACAUCUCUGGGUGCAGGGUUUUUAAUUCAAAUAUUUAAAAAUGACAACCGUUUAACACCUUGGAAUUCGACGAAAUAUGCAAUGUGCCCACCAUGUCAGGUGCCUGCCUUGAAACAAUGAAGCUACAACAGCAGUAACUGGAAAACCCUGACACAGAAUUCAGCCAUUCCCCCUAAUGGCAAGAACUUGACAGAAAUGGAGUCAAAACGGAGCCACUGAGAAAGAGGGAGGGAUCAAUGUACGUGGGGAAAGAACUCAAGAGGUAUGCAGAAGUACAAAAAAAUCCAAAAGACAAACCUAGGGAAGCAAAAAUACCAUCCCCAAUGAGGGCUGAGCAUGCUUAGUCACCGUGGUAUGUUGAGUGUCAGUUAUUGGGGGAAUGGAAUGGCCUGCUGGAGAACAGAAUGGCUGGCUGGAAGCCACCUAUUAGGAAAUAAUCCAUUGCAACAUUUUGUCCCUUCUAAUACCAAACUGGGGUAGCCUGGUGCCUGUGAAUUUGGCAAGAACAGAGUCAUGUGCUCAGUGCGAUAGUGUUUGCUACUUGAUUAAGAAACUUCCCAGGUAGCAUUUAAUUUUUUAAAUAAAAUGGUCAACAAAGGAA